ACCCUUCCUGAGAACUACUUUUUUGUAUGUUUAUUCUCGUUCACAGACAAAACAUUUAUGAGAAUCGUUUAAGUGGAAGGAUUCACAUACGCAUCGUCAGUUAAGCAAGGCGCUUCUCUGCGGCUUCACAGCAGCUUCUUCCACAUCGACCGACGGACCGAGUCGACUCAGACGAGGGACGAGCCAAGUCAGCGGACGACUGGACGUCUGCACCGUUAACGGUGCUGUUCCUGGGGCCCUGCAGUCACGGCUUAUCUCGGGUCUUGAAUGCUGGGGAAUUUGGAGGUAAAGUGAAGCUGUGUGGGGGCUAAGACUCGUGCUCUUGGUCCCCUGCGAAUAUGUAUAUUUAAUUGAAAGCGUUUCGUGAUUCUGAUUCAGAGAAAAUGAGUUGCAGACUAGAGAGUCCAUUCAUUGCUUGCCAGUUUACCCGCGAUUUAUAUGGAGUGAAAAGGGGGAGAUUGUGUUAUAGAGGUGGAACUAGGAUACUGAAAAGGGAUAUUUGCAAAUGUAAAUGCUCAAAGAAAGAUAGCUGGAUAUCUAAAGGUGUAAACUUUACGCAUUCUUUAGAGAGAAAUGCUCAAUUGCUAUGGAAGAAGUUUGCCCUCAGAAGCGGGGGAUUGAUGUAUUCAGUUAAACAACCUUUGGUCCAAAGUAGGAGUUUCGUGAAAUGGAUGGUUCGUGUAUGGGAUGAAGGAUUACUUCUUGUGCGCUGUUCUGUCUUUUUUACGGUGAUAUCUGGAGUUUGUCUACUGCUUUGGUAUGGUCAGAGAAAAGCCAAGACCUAUGUUGAAAACAAGCUUCUGCCUUCUAUUUGUGUAUUAUUGAGUGAUUACAUUCAGCGUGAUCUGGAUUUUGGUAGAGUGCGGAGAAUUUCACCACUAAGCAUUACAUUGGAGUCAUGCUCUAUCGGUCCCCAUAGUGAAGAGUUUUCCUGUGGCGAGGUUCCAUCUCUCAAGUUACGAAUUCUGCCAUUUGCUAGUUUGAGAAAUGGAAAGAUUGUUAUUGACGCAGUCUUAUCAAAUCCAAGUGUUCUGGUAGCACAAAAAAAGGAUUUCACUUUCUUGGGUAUACCCUUUUCUGAAGGCAGUCAACAGAGGCAUCUGUCUGACGAAGAAGGAAUUGAUUACCGUACAAAAACUAGGAGGAUUUCCAGAGAGGAAGCGGCUGCUAGCUGGGCCAGGGAUAGGGACAAUGCAGCUAGGGAAGCAGCUGAGAAUGGUUAUGUUCUUCGUGAACGGGUAUCUUGUUUGUCAGAGGGCGACUUCACCAAUGGUGGUGUUAGUUCUUCGGAAAAAUUGGCAGCAUCUGAGUCAUUCUUUUGUAUGGAUGAGAAACUGCACUGGAAAGAUCAUCAUUCUUUGGACACUGUAGGGGAGUAUGUUAUGAAACAUGCAGAUCUCGAGAAGGCUUUUGGUGCCAAAGUUCCUCCUCCAGGGACUACAUUUUGGUCUCAAAUCAUGCCUGCUGUAGUGAGGCAUAAUUUCAAGAAGUGUAAUAAAAAAGAGUUAACCACAACUAAUAUUGCAGCUAAAAAAAGAAUCUUAGAGCGAAGUGCUUUGACCGCUCGCAUAUAUUAUCAAGCUCUAUCAAAUGGUACCAGGGGAAUUGCUACUCAAUCUCCUGGAGAUCAUGAAGUGAUAAGUGAGGCCAAAAGUGACGAGGACAGGGAAACUGUGAUUUCACCAGUGCACGAUGCUGAAGGGAACAAAGUUAAUGAUGAUACAACAUUUGAAUCAUUCAUGCAUGAUUCUAUGAGUAAGGGAGUCGGGGAACUUGGGCAAAACUUCAAAAGUGAACAUAUCAGUGUCAAAUUUCCUGGAAACUUUUUGCCUGGAGAAAAACAUGACAGUAGUUACAUUGGUAGUAUACCAUUCUUGUGCGAUCCUUUUCUUUUUAUGUUGACUAGACUGUGCGAGACUACGAAUCUUUGUGAAAAACUAUCAAUGAAGGAUGUUACCAGGAUUAAUGAGACCAACGAAGGUGAUAUAAAUGCUAAAGAAUCAGAAGUUCAUAUCAUAAAUGGAGAUGAUAGUAGUCAUAGUACAAAGCAAAAAUCUGAAUUAUCUACUGACUUGAUGCAGGAGGCUUGUUCUGAUCCUUCAGAUAGUCAAAGAGACCAUCCUUCUAAUGACUCAAGUUUUAAUGUCUUUAAUUCUUUUCCUCUCAAACACUGCUCUGAAAAGGUUGGGCUGUUCAGCCUCAAAUCUGUACUGCGCAACAUGACUCUGGCUUUGAGUCUUUUGAUUGGUAAUCCUAUUAAAAGAAUGGAGUUGUACAUGAAUCCAAGAAAUGGUUUUUCUGAACUUGCAGAAGAUGUUGAAGAAGAUGUGGUCAACAUAGAAAGAGCAAUUCCAGUAAUUUUGGAUUCCGUUCAUUUCAAGGGUGGCACCUUAAUGUUGCUAGCAUAUGGUGACACUGAGCCAAGAGAGAUGAAAAAUGCUACUGGGAGUGUCAAGUUUCAAAAUGACUAUGGUCGCGUGCAUGUACAACUCAGUGGUGGGUGUGCGAUGUGGAGAGAGAUGACACCCGAAGAUGGGGGCUGGCUGUCAUGUGAUGUUUAUGUCGAUAUGAGUGAGCAGAGAUGGCAUGCAAAUCUGAAACUUGCAAACUUCUUUGUUCCGCUUUUUGAGAGAAUUUUGGAAAUCCCGAUUACAUGGUUUAAGGGAAGAGCAAACGGUGAGGUUCACAUAUGCAUGUCAAGAGGAGAGAAUUUUCCUAAUCUGCACGGGCAGCUUGAUGUAUCUGAGUUAGCAUUUCAGAUAUAUGAUUCUCCAUCAGGGUUUUCGGACAUAUCUGCAAAUUUAUGCUUUCGUGCUCAACGGAUAUUUUUACACAACACCAAUGGUUGGUUUGGAGAUAUUCCUUUAGAAGCUUCUGGAGACUUUGGCAUUGACCCAGAGGAAGGAGAGUUCCACCUUAUGUGUCAGGUUCCUAAUGUCGAAGUAAAUGCAUUGAUGAAAACUUUCAAAAUGAAGCCUUUAUUGUUUCCGAUAGCUGGUUCCGUAACAGCUGUAUUCAAUUGUCAAGGUCCCUUGGACGCACCAAUUUUCGUAGGGAGUGCAUUGGUUUCUAGAAAAGUUACAUAUUUGCCCAACCAACAUCCCGUGUCAAUUGCAUAUGAGACUGUGGCUAAAAAUAAAGAGGCUGGGGCUGUUGCUGCAAUGGAUCGUGUUCCCUUUUCAUACAUCUCGGCCAAUUUUACUUUUAACACUGACAACUGCGUUGCUGACUUGUAUGGAAUCAGAGGCAGCCUUGUUGAUGGGGGUGAAAUCCGUGGCGCAGGGAAUGCAUGGAUUUGCCCAGAGGGUGAAAUCGAUGAUACAGCAAUUGAUGUAAACUUUUCAGGAAGUUUAAGUUUUGAUAAUAUCAUGAAUCGCUAUGUCCCUGGUUUUCUUCAAGUGACGCGUCUUCGGCUAGGUCUUCUGAAUGGGGAAACAAAGCUUUCUGGCUCGUUAUUCAAACCAAGGUUUGAUAUCAAAUGGAAUGCACCAAAAGCUGAUGGAUCACUCACUGAUGCUCGUGGAGAUAUCAUACUUUCUCAUGAUUGUAUUACUGUCAGUUCUUCGUCGAUAGCUUUUGAAUUGUAUUCAAAAGUAUUAACAUCUUAUCCAGAUAAAUAUUGGUUAAAUCCCACGGAAAAUGAUGAGAAGAUUGCCCUGCCUUUUGUUGUGGAAGGACUAGAAUUAGAUUUACGAAUGCGCAAUUUUGAAUUCUUCAGCUCAGUCUCUUCUUAUGCUUUUGACUCUCCAAGGCUGGUGCAUUUGAAAGCAACUGGAAGGGUUAAGUUUCGGGGAGAAGUUGUAAACUGUUGGAAUGCUACUGAUGAGAAAUUAUGGCAUUCCAAUAGGAGCGCAGAACAUGUAACUAAGGAUGACAAUGGUUCACAUAUUCUUUCUGGCGAUGUUUCAAUUUCGGGUCUUAAACUUAAUCAAUUAAUGCUGGCACCUCAGUUAACUGGAGUCUUGAGCAUGACAAAUGAGGUUUUGAAGUUGGAUGCCAUAGGUAGACCAGACGAAAGUCUUGCACUGGAGAUCAUAGGACUCUUUCAGUCUCUUUCAGAAGAAAAUGUUAUUGGCAAGUCGUUCUCGCUUUCCCUCCAAAAAGGGCAUCUAAAAACCAAUGUGUGCUACCAACCACUACAUUCAGCUAAUCUGGAGGUACGCAAUUUGCCUUUGGAUGAGCUUGAGCUUGCUUCAUUGAGGGGAACGAUUCAAAGGGCAGAGCUUCAACUUAAUUUCCAGAAACGAAGAGGUCAUGGUUUGCUGUCAGUUCUGCGUCCGAAGUUCAGUGGGAUGUUGGGUGAAGCUCUAGAUGUGGCCGCUAGAUGGAGUGGAGAUGUAAUUACCAUUGAGAAAACUAUUUUGGAACAAAGUAACAGCAAGUACGAGCUUCAGGGUGAAUACGUUUUGCCUGGAUCCCGAGAUCGAAGCUCAUCUGGAAAGGAAGGAGGUAGUUUAUUUCAUAGGGCAAUGACGGGCCAUCUGGGUAGUGUAAUAUCUUCCAUGGGAAGAUGGCGAAUGAGACUAGAGGUUCCGAAAGCUGAGAUUUCAGAGAUGCUUCCACUGGCACGCCUUCUCUCUCGAAGUUCAGACCCUGCUGUUCAAUCUCGAUCAAAGGACCUUUUUAUCCGAAGUUUGCAAUCAGUGGGACAAUAUGCAGAAAGCCUGCAAAGUCUGCUGGAGGAAAUUCAUGUUCUUUUUACCCCCUCAGAUGAAGUUGUCCUUGAAGACUAUAGCCUUCCCGGAUUGGCUGAACUUAAAGGUCGCUGGUGUGGUUCUUUAGAUGCAAGUGGAGGAGGCAAUGGAGACACAUUAGCAGAAUUUGACUUUCAUGGGGAAGAAUGGGAGUGGGGAACUUAUAAGACACAGCGUGUUCUAGCAGCUGGUGCAUACAGCAAUGAAGAUGGUUUGCGGCUAGAGAGAAUCCUAAUCCAGAGGGAUAAUGCCACAAUACAUGCUGAUGGAACCUUGCUUGGGCCAAAGACCAAUAUGCAUUUUGCUGUUCUGAACUUUCCUGUUAGUUUGAUUCCUACAUUGGUUCAGGUCAUUGAAACUACAGCCACUGAAGCUGUUCAUUCUCUGCGGCAGUUUUUAGCACCAAUAAAGGGUACACUGCAUAUGGAAGGGGAUCUUAGAGGAAGUCUUGCUAAACCAGAAUGUGAUAUACAAGUAAGGCUUCUUGAUGGUGCCAUUGGCGGAAUUGAUCUUGGGCGAGCUGAAAUUGUUGCUUCCUUAACUCCUGCAUGUCGUUUCCUUUUCUAUGCUAAACUUGCACCAACCAUACAAAAUGGUCAUGUCCACAUUCAAGGAAGUAUUCCUGUAACCUUUGUCCAAAACAAUGUAGAAGAAGAAAAUUCAGGAACUGUAAAAAAUGAAGUGAUGUGGAAACGUUAUUCUGGUACAGAUAAGAAUAUAGGCAUUACAGGUGAAGGUAUUGAUAGGAGGGGGUCUAAAGAGAGAGGUGGGGAGGGUUGGGAUAUUCAGAUGACAGAAAACCUCAAGGGUUUGAACUGGAAUGUACUAGAUUCAGGAGAAGUAAGGAUAGACGCUGAUAUUAAAGAUGCUGGCAUGAUGUUGUUAACUGCUCUGUCUCCUUAUGCCAACUGGCUACAAGGCAGUGCUGAAGUUAUGCUCCAGGUUAGUGGAACAGUUGAACAACCAGUACUUGAUGGAUCUGCAUCAUUCCACAGGGCAACAAUAUCUUCACCUGUGCUUCGAAAACCACUUACCAACCUUGGCGGUUCUGUUCUUUUGAAAUCAAAUAGACUGCACAUCAGUUCUUUGGAGGGCAGAGUAAGCAGAAAAGGGAAACUGUCAUUGAAGGGUAAUUUGCCACUCAGAACAGGUGAAAUAGCAGCUGAUGAUAAAAUCAACCUAAAAUGUGAAGGCUUGGAAGUACGGGCCAAAAAUAUCUUAAGUGGUCAGGUUGACACUCAAAUGCAAAUAAGGGGGUCCAUAUUGCAACCUAACAUUUCUGGAAAGAUAAAACUAAGUCAAGGUGAAGCAUACCUACCACAUGACAAGGGCAGUGGAAUUGCUCCUCUUAAUAGAGGCACAUCGUAUCAUACAAGGCUUCCUGAUGAUGCUUACAAUCGUUUAGUUGUGUCAAAGUAUGUUUCACGAUUUUUUAAUCUAAAGCCGGCUGCGUCCAACCUCCAGCUUCAUCAAUCAUCAGGUAAACAUAUUGAAGAUGAUAACAGCAUGGUGAAAAUAGACAACCCUAAACUUGAUGUCCGCCUUUGUGAUUUGAAGCUUGUUUUGGGACCAGAACUGAGGAUAGUCUAUCCUUUAAUUCUCAAUUUUGCUGUCAGCGGAGAGCUCGAGUUAAAUGGUGUUGCUCAUCCAAAAUGGAUAAAACCCAGAGGAAUUCUGACAUUUGAGAACGGUAAUGUGAAUCUUGUCGCUACUCAGGUGAGGCUUAAGCAUGAUCAUCUGAACAUAGCAAAGUUUGAGCCUGAUAAUGGACUUGAUCCAAUGCUGGACUUAGCUUUGGUUGGUUCAGCGUGGCAAUUCAGGAUCCAAAGUAGGGCUAGCAAAUGGCAGGACAAGAUAGUUGUCACAUCAACCCGCUCUGUGGAGCAAGAUGUCCUGUCACCUUAUGAGGCUGCAAGAGUAUUUGAAAGCCAAUUAGCCGAAUCCAUCUUAGAAGGUGAUGGCCAGCUCGCUUUGAAGAAGCUUGCUACUGCAACGCUGGAGACAUUGAUGCCUAGGAUUGAAGGGAAGGGCGAGUUUGGACAGGCUAGAUGGAGGCUUGUUUAUGCACCUCAGAUUCCGAGCUUGCUGUCUGUCGAUCCCACUGUUGAUCCUCUUAAAUCUUUAGCCAACAAUAUUUCUUUUGGUACUGAGGUUGAAGUACAACUGGGGAAGCGCCUUCAGGCAUCUGUGGUUAGACGGAUGAAGGAUUCAGAAAUGGCAAUGCAGUGGACUUUGAUCUACCAACUCACAAACCGUCUGCGUCUACUCCUACAAUCUGCUCCACACAAGCGUCUGCUAUUUGAGUAUUCAACCACAUCACAAUAAUAGGCAAACUGGCUACAUGGCCACUUAGAUGUCACAUGGUACACAAUUAUGUUUUAAGAUCCUGUGAUGCCCGACCCCAAAUUCCCUAGGUCCGAA